GGAAAUAAUGACCGUCGUCCACCGCUAGCUCAAGUCAGUUUGAGGUCGAGUGGAAGUUAACCAUGGCGAUGACAAGUCAGAUGACCUGCUCCUCAAUGAGUAACCACACUAAGGAGAGGGUCACUAUGGCCAAAGUGACCUUAGAGAAUUUCUACAGCAACCUGAUAUCACAGCAUGAGGAAAGAGAAAUGAGGCAGCAGAAAUUGGAGAAGGUCAUGGAUCACGAGGGACUAGCUGAUGAAGAGAAGUGUGUACGCCGAUCUGAGCAUGCUCGAAAAGAGACUGAGUUUCUUCGUCUGAAACGAACACGGCUCGGAUUGGAGGACUUUGAGUCACUCAAAGUGAUUGGCCGUGGAGCUUUUGGAGAGGUGCGCCUUGUUCAGAAGAAGGACACGGGCCACGUUUAUGCCAUGAAGAUCUUGCGUAAGGCUGACAUGCUUGAGAAAGAACAGGUUGGUCAUAUUCGAGCAGAAAGGGACAUUCUUGUAGAAGCAGAUAGUCAGUGGGUGGUCAAGAUGUUCUACAGCUUUCAGGAUAAAAUGAACCUCUACCUUAUCAUGGAGUUUCUGCCUGGAGGCGAUAUGAUGACGCUGCUGAUGAAGAAAGACACUUUAACGGAGGAGGCCACACAGUUCUAUAUUGCUGAGACUGUGUUGGCAAUUGACUCCAUUCACCAGCUGGGCUUCAUCCACAGAGACAUCAAACCAGACAACCUGCUGCUGGACUCAAGGGGCCAUGUGAAGUUGUCUGAUUUUGGUUUAUGCACUGGUCUAAAGAAAGCCCAUCGCACUGAGUUCUAUAGAAACCUCAAUCACAGCCUUCCCAGCGACUUCACUUUCCAAAACAUGAACUCGAAGAGGAAAGCAGAGACAUGGAAGCGAAACAGGAGACAGUUGGCUUUCUCCACUGUUGGAACCCCUGACUACAUCGCUCCAGAAGUGUUUAUGCAAAAUGGGUAUAACAAGCUUUGUGAUUGGUGGAGUCUCGGGGUCAUUAUGUAUGAGAUGCUGAUCGGUUACCCUCCAUUUUGCUCAGAGACACCUCAAGAAACCUACAGAAAAGUGAUGAACUGGCGAGAGACUUUGAUCUUUCCACCCGAGGUCCCGAUUUCAGAGAAAGCCAAAGAUCUCAUUCUCAGGUUCUGUUGCGAGAGUGAGUACAGAAUUGGAGCCUCUGGAGUGGAAGAGAUCAAGACUAACCCGUUCUUUGAGGGGGUGGAUUAUGAUCAUAUAAGAGAGAGGCCAGCUGCCAUUCCAAUUGAGAUCAAAAGCAUUGACGACACCUCCAACUUUGACGAGUUCCCUGAGUCAGACAUUCUCCAACCUUCAGCUACUGUUGUAUCCAACCACACCGAGGCUGAUCUAAAGAGUAAAGACUGGGUCUUCAUCAACUACACCUACAAGCGCUUUGAAGGGCUAACUGCACGAGGAGGCAUCCCAUCAUACAUGAAAACUGGGAAGAGAUAGACGCUAAGAGACUCGAUAACAAUGUGACAUUCUUCAUCGCAUCUGGCAUCUGAAGGAUCCUACAUCACCGUUUCCUGUUUAGAUCACGACUCAUUCUCACGGAUGCCACUCAACCUCUUUUCUAUCUGCAGUAGGAUGAGUCUCACCUAAAGGGCUUUUUUCCUCUGACACCUCUGUUGAAUAUGGCCACUUCUUUCCUGGGUUUGCCCACUUCUUAAGGAGAGUUUGGCCUGUCAUCUUUAAGGUUGCAAGAUUUAUUUUUAACAUUGAAUGACGGUAUUUUUUCGAGUACACAGACUUAAAAGGGCUUGAAUAGAAGCUGGCUAGACCUCCUUUAUGGUCUAAAUAUGGACUGGUCCUGGAACAAGAAUCAAUUUGAAUUGCAUUAGUUUUGGUACCAUUUCAAAGGUUUGUGGCAGAAUUGUCCUAUCCCAGCCUUCUCAUCCACUUCUGCUGUAUGAAUCAUAAAGAUUGGAAACUUCUCCCUUGUCUUUUAUCAAGGUGAAGAGGAUUGACUCUUGCUCAAAAUCUGUAUUUUUAAAAACACUUGUUUCCUCUGUUUUGUGGACAUUCCUUUCCAAAUUACGCUCCACGUCAAAGGUCCUACAAACAAGUGGCUUUGUAGUCGAUCAUCAGAGCUGCAGAGAUGUUGCCUUACAUUUGGAUCCUUCUUAGAACAACAUCAUAAAUACAGUCGCGUUUGCCAAUCGUACCAAAUUCUUCUACUUACAAGGAAACUUCACCAGCUGAUGUUCAAGACCAAGCAAUCUCGCCGGACCAGAGUUUGUUUAAUAUGCAAUGAGUAGUUACGGCCACGUAUAGAUCAAUAGUUCCUUCAGAAGUUGCUUGGUGCUAAUGGUGUUAUUUUUCUUAAUGAAAGCACUCGUCGCUUAUGUUUGGGGAACAAUCUUUUUUUUUGACAUGUUAAGGAUAACAACACCGUUCAGGUGUUUGAGUGUUUAAGUACAGCUUAGUCUUCCAUUUUAAUAAGGGCUGAAAUGUUUCAUGCAAAACUUUGUUACCAAAGAGGCACAACUAGGCGAGCUUCGUGUCUGACGGCUCAUACCUACAUGUUGUUUGAUUGGAGAUGCUUUUGUGUUUAGCUUUUUGGAGUUGGCAAGUGGCUUAAUCUUAAAGCGCUACUUGAAAAACAUUUCAUUUUGCAAUCAUUCCACAAUGAUUAUAAUCAGUCGGUGCAUUCUUGUUGUUGCAAUACUUUGCCUGGGUGGAUGCUGGUAUUGGCAUGUUGCUUUGACUUUGGCUAAGCUUAUCUACAGCAUGUUUGUAAAAAUCGACCAAUGGCACAAGAUUUGUCUUAGAAUAUUCAAACAUCUUUCAGACAGUAAAUAUUUCUGAAGUCAGGAUUCAUAAUAAGUCUUCUCUCUGAGACCAAACUGAAUGUAUUUUUAAAGAGACUGGCCUCUAGUUUUGCUAGAAUGCUCAAAUUCCCUUUAUAUGUCUUUGCUGCCCAUGAAUGCUAAAAUGUGGAUUGAAUUUGCCUAAAUGCUUGAUUGAAUGACGUGACACCCGUUUUUCUGUGUAUUAUAUGCUGCACAGCAUGACAAUGAUGAUGUAUGUGGAAUUGUUUGUUGGUAGAAGCUGUUAUCCUGCACCAUAAAACACAAUAUACUGCAAGAUGUAUAUUUAAUUAUGUCUCAAGACACAGAUUACUGUAUACCACAAUGUUUUAAAAAGUAGCAUAAAAUAAUGUAUGAAUGGUGAAUUGAAAAGUCUUUGGAGCAAUACGUGAUCUACAGAAGACUGGAUAUGUGUUUUUUUUUGUUAUGUAUAUAAGUCAUGGCUGGAGAUUAUUCAUUUGAGCUGUCUGAGGGUUGAAUUGUACUGCAUGUUUUUAUUACCAUGCUGGAAAGUCAGAGCUAUGAAUGAAUUUUUUGUAUUUUAAUGAAUUGUAUUUUAUUGUGUGUUGCUUUGUUUUUUGAUCUCUUUAUUUUGGCAUCACUGAAUGUUUUGAUUCUGAAUGGCUGAAGAAAUGACACAAAUAAUUAUACACUGUCUACAUGAAGCAGAUCAUAGGCUGGUCUGCUUUGUUUCUUGUUAUAUCUCACAUGUUGAAUAUGAUAGUAAAACCAGCUUGUCAUUAAGAGGAUGUGGUCUGUUAAUAACUUCCACAUACAGCCUCUUUAAAUACAAGUGGUUCUGUAGAUUUUUCUCUUGCAUCUGUUCACAUGGAUACAUUCUUUAUUUUAAAGAGGAAAAAACAUUUUUGAAGAUUAACAAUGCACCUUUUAAUAGUUGUGAUGCCAUGUAUGUUUAAAACACACACUGAAUGACUGCUCUGUUCUUCUGAGAAAUUGUAAUUCUUAUCAUCAAGCUAGAAGAAGACUAGUCUUAAGGUUUUUGUGGGUCUCCUUUGCGUAAAGCUAAAGAAAUGUUUAGACCUACAUCAUGUGUUGGCUUUUAAAGAGUGUAUUUAAACUGGCGCUAAUGCUCAAAGAAUCACAAGUACUGGACGCAGCUCCAGUUUUCACUGAUGUCACAUUCUGCUGUGGGAGGUUGACGAUUUUUCCCUCUCUGCCUUAAGUUUCAAUUGAAGAGUGUGUUUGUGGAUUUUUCCUGUGUUUAUAGAGCACCUUUCACUGGUUUGUUUGUCUGAUGGAGUUUGUUUUUGAGGUGGGAACACACUUUAACCUGUCAAACAUAUUGAAUAAAACACCAGUUUAUUUAAAUGUG